AUGAACAAAUUAUAUCUUCCAUAUUUGUUGGCUUUGAUCACAACGGUCAUAUCUAAAGAAAUUACUGGAGUCUUUACUAAAUUUGAUUCAUUAAUAUGGUCAUUUACAUACAGAGCCCGUUACGAAGAAAUUCCUACUCUUACUGCUAAUGCUCAAAUGGAAUGGGUUUUGGAUGGUACUAUGGCCAGUCCAGAUGAUACUUUUACAUUAGUCAUGCCCUGUGUGUAUAAAUUCAUGACGUAUCAAUCAUCGGUACAGUUAACUUCCAAUUCUAUUCCAUAUGCCACAUGUAACUUUGAUGCAGGUGAAGAUUCCAAAACUUUUUCCAGUUUGAAGUGUACAGUGACCAAUGAGUUGACUGAGAAUACCAAUGUUUUUGGAGACAUUAUCUUGCCGAUUGUAUUCAAUGUUGGAGGUUCGGGUUCCGAAUCUACGCUAAAGGACUCGAAAUGCUUUUCAGGUGGGUACAAUAGUGUAACAUUUUUUGAUGGUGAUAAUCAACUUUCUACAACUGCAUAUUUUGCUCCUCGAAGAGAUCUUGCUUAUGGUCUCGUUGUGGGUCAAAGACUUUUUGCGUCACUUGAUAAAAUGACUAAUCUUGUCAUGUCCACUCCAUGUCUCACGGGUUAUCAGCUGGGUAAAUUAGGUUUUUCAUUUGCUGAUGAUGAUUUUGAAAUUGACUGUUCUUCUAUACAUGUGGGUAUAACCAAUGAAAUAAAUGAUUGGAGUAUGCCCGUAUCUUCUGUUCCCUUCGAUCAUACUAGAAGUUGCACAUCACGUGCUCUUUAUAUUGAGUUUCAAGAAAUUCCUGCAGGUUACCGACCUUUUGUGGACGCGAUCGUUCAAAUACCAACAACAAAACCUUUUUACGUACAGUAUACAAAUGAGUUUACUUGUGUUAAUGGCCUUUUCACAUCCUUACCUUUCACAAGUUUCUUUUCUCAGUCUAUUCUAUAUGACAAAGCUUUAGUUAACGGAGCGGAUUUGGUUCGGACUACAUCUACAUAUCUUGAUUCCAUUACGGAAACAAUCACAUUACCCUUCAUUUCCCUAGUGCAGAAGACCAAAACCGUUCUAGUGUUAGAGCCAAUACCCACCACUACGGUUACAACUUCUCAUCAUGGUUUUUAUACUAGAUAUUAUACAAAGAGAGCUAUCAUUGGUGACACCGCCACUGUAUUUAUUGAUGUUCCACAACACACAGUGACUACAAUAAGUACAUAUUGGCUAGAAUCAACAAUAGGAACAACCACUUACUCCGAUGAUACCAACUUGGUAGAUACUGUUCUUGUACAAAUUCCAUAUCCCAACCCUACUGUGACUACAACUGAAUUUUGGUCAAACAAUUACCUAACUACGGAGAUAUAUUCACAAGCGCCUCUCCGAACUGAUAGUGUGAUUAUCAAAGAACCACACAACCCAACUGUGACUACAACUGAAUUUUGGUCAGAAUCGUAUGCUGCUACCACUACCAUCACAAACAACCCAGAGGGAACUGACUCGGUUAUUGUUAAAGAACCACACAACCCAACUGUGACUACAACUGAAUUUUGGUCAGAAUCGUAUGCUACUACCACUACCAUCAUAAACAGUCCAGAGGGCACAGACUCGGUUAUUGUUAAAGAACCACACAACCCUACUGUGACUACCACCGAGUUUUGGUCAGAAUCAUAUGCUACUACCACUACCAUCAUAAACAGUCCAGAGGGAACUGACUCGGUUAUUGUUAAAGAACCACACAACCCAACUGUGACUACAACUGAAUUUUGGUCAGAAUCGUAUGCUACUACCACUACCAUCAUAAACAGUCCAGAGGGCACAGACUCGGUUAUUGUUAAAGAACCACACAACCCUACUGUGACUACCACCGAGUUUUGGUCAGAAUCAUAUGCUACUACCACUACCAUCAUAAACAGUCCAGAGGGAACUGACUCGGUUAUUGUUAAAGAACCACACAACCCAACUGUGACUACAACUGAAUUUUGGUCAGAAUCAUAUGCUACUACCACUACCAUCAUAAACAGUCCAGAGGGCACAGACUCGGUUAUUGUUAAAGAACCACACAACCCUACUGUGACUACCACCGAGUUUUGGUCAGAAUCAUAUGCUACUACCACUACCAUCAUAAACAGUCCAGAGGGCACAGACAGUGUGAUUAUCAGAGAACCACACAACCCUACUGUCACAAGAACCGAGUUUUGGUCAGAAUCAUAUGCUACUACAGAGACCAUCAUAAACAGUCCAGAGGGCACAGACAGUGUGAUUAUCAGAGAACCACACAACCCUACUGUCACAAGAACCGAGUUUUGGUCAGAAUCGUAUGCUACUACCACUACCAUCACAAACAGUCCAGAGGGAACUGACUCGGUUAUUGUUAAAGAACCACACAACCCAACUGUGACUACAACUGAAUUUUGGACAGAAUCAUAUGCUACUACAGAGACCCUCAUGAACAACCCAGAAGGCACAGACAGUGUGAUUAUCAAAGAACCACACAACCCAACUGUGACUACAACUGAAUUUUGGUCAGAAUCAUAUGCUACUACAGAGACCCUCAUGAACAACCCAGAAGGCACAGACAGUGUGAUUAUCAGAGAACCACACAACCCAACUGUGACUACAACUGAAUUUUGGUCAGAAUCGUAUGCUACUACCACUACCAUCAUAAACAGUCCAGAGGGCACAGACUCGGUUAUUGUUAAAGAACCACACAACCCUACUGUGACUACAACUGAAUUUUGGUCAGAAUCAUAUGCUACUACCACUACCAUCAUAAACAGUCCAGAGGGAACUGACUCGGUUAUUGUUAAAGAACCACACAACCCAACUGUGACUACAACUGAAUUUUGGUCAGAAUCAUAUGCUACUACAGAGACCCUCAUAAACAGUCCAGAGGGAACUGACAGUGUGAUUAUCAAAGAACCACACAACCCUACUGUGACUACCACCGAGUUUUGGACAGAAUCGUAUGCUACUACCACUACCCUCAUAAACAGUCCAGACGGAACUGACAGUGUGAUUAUCAGAGAACCACACAACCCUACUGUGACUACAACUGAAUUUUGGUCAGAAUCAUAUGCUCCUACCACUACCAUCAUAAACAGUCCAGAGGGAACUGACUCGGUCAUUGCUAAAGAACCACACAACCCUACUGUCACAAGAACCGAGUUUGAGUCCGAUUCCAAUUUUUUUAGCAAUACGCAGAAUACUAUAAUACCAAUAUAUUCCUCAGAUAAGGAAUCAUCAUACUAUCCUUGGUCUUCAACUCUUGCGGCUUUCAGUCUGGUUACCAUCGAACCGCCUGCUACUGUGAGUGAUGUUUCAAUGUCAGAAGAGGUUUCUACUAGUGACAGUGAAACUAGUAUGAGUGCUACUGUAUCGUCAACUAAAGAGAGAUCCAGUAUUCUGAUAAUGCCAAGUUCAGAAGAAUCAAGUGAGUCACGUGAAUCCACUAUUGGUACAUUUUCAAGUGAAGAAAGCAGCGACUCGGUUCCAUCCACGUUCUCAACAAAAUAUGUGUCUCCAUCCAGAAUGAGUUCCAGAAUGAGUUCCAGAAUGAGUUCCACACGUUAUACAAAUUCGACUGAGGCACUGGUCUCGGAUGGUGCUCUGUCAUCCAUUGCUGGAGAUGAAACUAGUGAAUCAAGGGUGCUGGUUACUGCUGUGAGUGAUAUUUCUGAUUUCUACACUACGGCAGAAGAGGUUUCUACUAGUGACAGUGAAUCUAGUAUGAGUGCUACUGUAUCGUCAACUAAAGAGAGAUCCAGUAUUCUGAUAAUGCCAAGUUCAGAAGAAUCAAGUGAGUCACGUGAAUCCACUAUUGGUACAUUUUCAAGUGAAGAAAGCAGCGACUCGGUUCCAUCCACGUUCUCAACAAAAUAUGUGUCUCCAUCCAGAAUGAGUUCCAGAAUGAGUUCCACACGUUAUACAAAUUCGACUGAGGCACUGGUCUCGGAUGGUGCUCUGUCAUCCAUUGCUGGAGAUGAAACUAGUGAAUCAAGGGUGCUGGUUACUGCUGUGAGUGAUAUUUCUGAUUUCUACACUACGUCAGAAGAGGUUUCUACUAGUGGCAGCGAAUCUAGUAUGAGUGCUACUGUAUCGUCAACUAAAGAGAGAUCCAGUAUUCUGAUAAUGCCAAGUUCAGAAGAAUCAAGUGAGUCACGUGAAUCCACUAUUGGUACAAUUUCAAGUGAAGAAAGCAGCGACUCGGUUCCAUCCACGUUCUCAACAAAAUAUGUGUCUCCAUCCAGAAUGAGUUCCAGAAUGAGUUCCAGAAUGAGUUCCACACGUUAUACAAAUUCGACUGAGGCACUGGUCUCGGAUGGUGCUCUGUCAUCCAUUGCUGGAGAUGAAACUAGUGAAUCAAGGGUGCUGGUUACUGCUGUGAGUGAUAUUUCUGAUUUCUACACUACGUCAGAAGAGGUUUCUACUAGUGGCAGCGAAUCUAGUAUGAGUGCUACUGUAUCGUCAACUAAAGAGAGAUCCAGUAUUCUGAUAAUGCCAAGUUCAGAAGAAUCAAGUGAGUCACGUGAAUCCACUAUUGGUACAUUUUCAAGUGAAGAAAGCAGCGACUCGGUUCCAUCCACGUUCUCAACAAAAUAUGUGUCUCCAUCCAGAAUGAGUUCCAGAAUGAGUUCCACACGUUAUACAAAUUCGACUGAGGCACUGGUCUCGGAUGGUGCUCUGUCAUCCAUUGCUGGAGAUGAAACUAGUGAAUCAAGGGUGCUGGUUACUGCUGUGAGUGAUAUUUCUGAUUUCUACACUACGUCAGAAGAGGUUUCUACUGGUGGCAGCGAAUCUAGUAUGAGUGCUACUGUAUCGUCAACUAAAGAGAGAUCCAGUAUUCUGAUAAUGCCAAGUUCAGAAGAAUCAAGUGAGUCACGUGAAUCCACUAUUGGUACAUUUUCAAGUGAAGAAAGCAGCGACUCGGUUCCAUCCACGUUCUCAACAAAAUAUGUGUCUCCAUCCAGAAUGAGUUCCAGAAUGAGUUCCAGAAUGAGUUCCACACGUUAUACAAAUUCGACUGAGGCACUGGUCUCGGAUGGUGCUCUGUCAUCCAUUGCUGGAGAUGAAACUAGUGAAUCAAGGGUGCUGGUUACUGCUGUGAGUGAUAUUUCUGAUUUCUACACUACGUCAGAAGAGGUUUCUACUAGUGGCAGCGAAUCUAGUAUGAGUGCUACUGUAUCGUCAACUAAAGAGAGAUCCAGUAUUCUGAUAAUGCCAAGUUCAGAAGAAUCAAGUGAGUCACGUGAAUCCACUAUUGGUACAUUUUCAAGUGAAGAAAGCAGCGACUCGGUUCCAUCCACGUUCUCAACAAAAUAUGUGUCUCCAUCCAGAAUGAGUUCCAGAAUGAGUUCCACACGUUAUACAAAUUCGACUGAGGCACUGGUCUCGGAUGGUGCUCUGUCAUCCAUUGCUGGAGAUGAAACUAGUGAAUCAAGGGUGCUGGUUACUGCUGUGAGUGAUAUUUCUGAUUUCUACACUACGUCAGAAGAGGUUUCUACUAGUGGCAGCGAAUCUAGUAUGAGUGCUACUGUAUCGUCAACUAAAGAGAGAUCCAGUAUUCUGAUAAUGCCAAGUUCAGAAGAAUCAAGUGAGUCACGUGAAUCCACUAUUGGUACAUUUUCAAGUGAAGAAAGCAGCGACUCGGUUCCAUCCACGUUCUCAACAAAAUAUGUGUCUCCAUCCAGAAUGAGUUCCAGAAUGAGUUCCAGAAUGAGUUCCAGAAUGAGUUCCACACGUUAUACAAAUUCGACUGAGGCACUGGUCUCGGAUGGUGCUCUGUCAUCCAUUGCUGGAGAUGAAACUAGUGAAUCAAGGGUGCUGGUUACUGCUGUGAGUGAUAUUUCUGAUUUCUACACUACGUCAGAAGAGGUUUCUACUAGUGGCAGCGAAUCUAGUAUGAGUGCUACUGUAUCGUCAACUAAAGAGAGAUCCAGUAUUCUGAUAAUGCCAAGUUCAGAAGAAUCAAGUGAGUCACGUGAAUCCACUAUUGGUACAUUUUCAAGUGAAGAAAGCAGCGACUCGGUUCCAUCCACGUUCUCAACAAAAUAUGUGUCUCCAUCCAGAAUGAGUUCCAGAAUGAGUUCCAGAAUGAGUUCCAGAAUGAGUUCCACACGUUAUACAAAUUCGACUGAGGCACUGGUCUCGGAUGGUGCUCUGUCAUCCAUUGCUGGAGAUGAAACUAGUGAAUCAAGGGUGCUGGUUACUGCUGUGAGUGAUAUUUCUGAUUUCUACACUACGUCAGAAGAGGUUUCUACUGGUGGCAGCGAAUCUAGUAUGAGUGCUACUGUAUCGUCAACUAAAGAGAGAUCCAGUAUUCUGAUAAUGCCAAGUUCAGAAGAAUCAAGUGAGUCACGUGAAUCCACUAUUGGUACAUUUUCAAGUGAAGAAAGCAGCGACUCGGUUUCAUCCACGUUCUCAACAAAAUAUGUGUCUCCAUCCAGAAUGAGUUCCAGAAUGAGUUCCACACGUUAUACAAAUUCGACUGAGGCACUGGUCUCGGAUGGUGCUCUGUCAUCUAUUGCUGGAGAUGAAACUAGUGAAUCAAGGGUGCUGGUUACUGCUGUGAGUGAUAUUUCUGAUUUCUACACUACGUCAGAAGAGGUUUCUACUAGUGGCAGCGAAUCUAGUAUGAGUGCUACUGUAUCGUCAACUAAAGAGAGAUCCAGUAUUCUGAUAAUGCCAAGUUCAGAAGAAUCAAGUGAGUCACGUGAAUCCACUAUUGGUACAUUUUCAAGUGAAGAAAGCAGCGACUCGGUUCCAUCCACGUUCUCAACAAAAUAUGUGUCUCCAUCCAGAAUGAGUUCCAGAAUGAGUUCCAGAAUGAGUUCCACACGUUAUACAAAUUCGACUGAGGCACUGGUCUCGGAUGGUGCUCUGUCAUCCAUUGCUGGAGAUGAAACUAGUGAAUCAAGGGUGCUGGUUACUGCUGUGAGUGAUAUUUCUGAUUUCUACACUACGUCAGAAGAGGUUUCUACUAGUGGCAGCGAAUCUAGUAUGAGUGCUACUGUAUCGUCAACUAAAGAGAGAUCCAGUAUUCUGAUAAUGCCAAGUUCAGAAGAAUCAAGUGAGUCACGUGAAUCCACUAUUGGUACAUUUUCAAGUGAAGAAAGCAGCGACUCGGUUCCAUCCACGUUCUCAACAAAAUAUGUGUCUCCAUCCAGAAUGAGUUCCAGAAUGAGUUCCAGAAUGAGUUCCACACGUUAUACAAAUUCGACUGAGGCACUGGUCUCGGAUGGUGCUCUGUCAUCCAUUGCUGGAGAUGAAACUAGUGAAUCAAGGGUGCUGGUUACUGCUGUGAGUGAUAUUUCUGAUUUCUACACUACGUCAGAAGAGGUUUCUACUAGUGGCAGCGAAUCUAGUAUGAGUGCUACUGUAUCGUCAACUAAAGAGAGAUCCAGUAUUCUGAUAAUGCCAAGUUCAGAAGAAUCAAGUGAGUCACGUGAAUCCACUAUUGGUACAAUUUCAAGUGAAGAAAGCAGCGACUCGGUUUCAUCCACGUUCUCAACAAAAUAUGUGUCUCCAUCCAGAAUGAGUUCCAAAAUGAGUUCCACACGUUAUACAAAUUCGACUGAGGCACUGGUCUCGGAUGGUGCUCUGUCAUCCAUUGCUGGAGAUGAAACUAGUGAAUCAAGGGUGCUGGUUACUGCUGUGAGUGAUAUUUCUGAUUUCUACACUACGUCAGAAGAGGUUUCUACUGGUGGCAGCGAAUCUAGUAUGAGUGCUACUGUAUCGUCAACUAAAGAGAGAUCCAGUAUUCUGAUAAUGCCAAGUUCAGAAGAAUCAAGUGAGUCACGUGAAUCCACUAUUGGUACAUUUUCAAGUGAAGAAAGCAGCGACUCGGUUUCAUCCACGUUCUCAACAAAAUAUGUGUCUCCAUCCAGAAUGAGUUCCAGAAUGAGUUCCACACGUUAUACAAAUUCGACUGAGGCACUGGUCUCGGAUGGUGCUCUGUCAUCCAUUGCUGGAGAUGAAACUAGUGAAUCAAGGGUGCUGGUUACUGCUGUGAGUGAUAUUUCUGAUUUCUACACUACGUCAGAAGAGGUUUCUACUAGUGGCAGCGAAUCUAGUAUGAGUGCUACUGUAUCGUCAACUAAAGAGAGAUCCAGUAUUCUGAUAAUGCCAAGUUCAGAAGAAUCAAGUGAGUCACGUGAAUCCACUAUUGGUACAUUUUCAAGUGAAGAAAGCAGCGACUCGGUUCCAUCCACGUUCUCAACAAAAUAUGUGUCUCCAUCCAGAAUGAGUUCCAGAAUGAGUUCCACACGUUAUACAAAUUCGACUGAGGCACUGGUCUCGGAUGGUGCUCUGUCAUCCAUUGCUGGAGAUGAAACUAGUGAAUCAAGGGUGCUGGUUACUGCUGUGAGUGAUAUUUCUGAUUUCUACACUACGUCAGAAGAGGUUUCUACUGGUGGCAGCGAAUCUAGUAUGAGUGCUACUGUAUCGUCAACUAAAGAGAGAUCCAGUAUUCUGAUAAUGCCAAGUUCAGAAGAAUCAAGUGAGUCACGUGAAUCCACUAUUGGUACAUUUUCAAGUGAAGAAAGCAGCGACUCGGUUCCAUCCACGUUCUCAACAAAAUAUGUGUCUCCAUCCAGAAUGAGUUCCAGAAUGAGUUCCAGAAUGAGUUCCACACGUUAUACAAAUUCGACUGAGGCACUGGUCUCGGAUGGUGCUCUGUCAUCCAUUGCUGGAGAUGAAACUAGUGAAUCAAGGGUGCUGGUUACUGCUGUGAGUGAUAUUUCUGAUUUCUACACUACGUCAGAAGAGGUUUCUACUAGUGGCAGCGAAUCUAGUAUGAGUGCUACUGUAUCGUCAACUAAAGAGAGAUCCAGUAUUCUGAUAAUGCCAAGUUCAGAAGAAUCAAGUGAGUCACGUGAAUCCACUAUUGGUACAAUUUCAAGUGAAGAAAGCAGCGACUCGGUUUCAUCCACGUUCUCAACAAAAUAUGUGUCUCCAUCCAGAAUGAGUUCCAAAAUGAGUUCCACACGUUAUACAAAUUCGACUGAGGCACUGGUCUCGGAUGGUGCUCUGUCAUCCAUUGCUGGAGAUGAAACUAGUGAAUCAAGGGUGCUGGUUACUGCUGUGAGUGAUAUUUCUGAUUUCUACACUACGUCAGAAGAGGUUUCUACUAGUGGCAGCGAAUCUAGUAUGAGUGCUACUGUAUCGUCAACUAAAGAGAGAUCCAGUAUUCUGAUAAUGCCAAGUUCAGAAGAAUCAAGUGAGUCACGUGAAUCCACUAUUGGUACAUUUUCAAGUGAAGAAAGCAGCGACUCGGUUCCAUCCACGUUCUCAACAAAAUAUGUGUCUCCAUCCAGAAUGAGUUCCAGAAUGAGUUCCACACGUUAUACAAAUUCGACUGAGGCACUGGUCUCGGAUGGUGCUCUGUCAUCCAUUGCUGGAGAUGAAACUAGUGAAUCAAGGGUGCUGGUUACUGCUGUGAGUGAUAUUUCUGAUUUCUACACUACGUCAGAAGAGGUUUCUACUGGUGGCAGCGAAUCUAGUAUGAGUGCUACUGUAUCGUCAACUAAAGAGAGAUCCAGUAUUCUGAUAAUGCCAAGUUCAGAAGAAUCAAGUGAGUCACGUGAAUCCACUAUUGGUACAUUUUCAAGUGAAGAAAGCAGCGACUCGGUUCCAUCCACGUUCUCAACAAAAUAUGUGUCUCCAUCCAGAAUGAGUUCCAGAAUGAGUUCCAGAAUGAGUUCCACACGUUAUACAAAUUCGACUGAGGCACUGGUCUCGGAUGGUGCUCUGUCAUCCAUUGCUGGAGAUGAAACUAGUGAAUCAAGGGUGCUGGUUACUGCUGUGAGUGAUAUUUCUGAUUUCUACACUACGUCAGAAGAGGUUUCUACUAGUGGCAGCGAAUCUAGUAUGAGUGCUACUGUAUCGUCAACUAAAGAGAGAUCCAGUAUUCUGAUAAUGCCAAGUUCAGAAGAAUCAAGUGAGUCACGUGAAUCCACUAUUGGUACAUUUUCAAGUGAAGAAAGCAGCGACUCGGUUCCAUCCACGUUCUCAACAAAAUAUGUGUCUCCAUCCAGAAUGAGUUCCAGAAUGAGUUCCAGAAUGAGUUCCACACGUUAUACAAAUUCGACUGAGGCACUGGUCUCGGAUGGUGCUCUGUCAUCCAUUGCUGGAGAUGAAACUAGUGAAUCAAGGGUGCUGGUUACUGCUGUGAGUGAUAUUUCUGAUUUCUACACUACGUCAGAAGAGGUUUCUACUAGUGGCAGCGAAUCUAGUAUGAGUGCUACUGUAUCGUCAACUAAAGAGAGAUCCAGUAUUCUGAUAAUGCCAAGUUCAGAAGAAUCAAGUGAGUCACGUGAAUCCACUAUUGGUACAUUUUCAAGUGAAGAAAGCAGCGACUCGGUUCCAUCCACGUUCUCAACAAAAUAUGUGUCUCCAUCCAGAAUGAGUUCCAGAAUGAGUUCCACACGUUAUACAAAUUCGACUGAGGCACUGGUCUCGGAUGGUGCUCUGUCAUCCAUUGCUGGAGAUGAAACUAGUGAAUCAAGGGUGCUGGUUACUGCUGUGAGUGAUAUUUCUGAUUUCUACACUACGUCAGAAGAGGUUUCUACUGGUGGCAGCGAAUCUAGUAUGAGUGCUACUGUAUCGUCAACUAAAGAGAGAUCCAGUAUUCUGAUAAUGCCAAGUUCAGAAGAAUCAAGUGAGUCACGUGAAUCCACUAUUGGUACAUUUUCAAGUGAAGAAAGCAGCGACUCGGUUCCAUCCACGUUCUCAACAAAAUAUGUGUCUCCAUCCAGAAUGAGUUCCAGAAUGAGUUCCAGAAUGAGUUCCACACGUUAUACAAAUUCGACUGAGGCACUGGUCUCGGAUGGUGCUCUGUCAUCCAUUGCUGGAGAUGAAACUAGUGAAUCAAGGGUGCUGGUUACUGCUGUGAGUGAUAUUUCUGAUUUCUACACUACGUCAGAAGAGGUUUCUACUAGUGGCAGCGAAUCUAGUAUGAGUGCUACUGUAUCGUCAACUAAAGAGAGAUCCAGUAUUCUGAUAAUGCCAAGUUCAGAAGAAUCAAGUGAGUCACGUGAAUCCACUAUUGGUACAUUUUCAAGUGAAGAAAGCAGCGACUCGGUUCCAUCCACGUUCUCAACAAAAUAUGUGUCUCCAUCCAGAAUGAGUUCCAGAAUGAGUUCCAGAAUGAGUUCCACACGUUAUACAAAUUCGACUGAGGCACUGGUCUCGGAUGGUGCUCUGUCAUCCAUUGCUGGAGAUGAAACUAGUGAAUCAAGGGUGCUGGUUACUGCUGUGAGUGAUAUUUCUGAUUUCUACACUACGUCAGAAGAGGUUUCUACUGGUGGCAGCGAAUCUAGUAUGAGUGCUACUGUAUCGUCAACUAAAGAGAGAUCCAGUAUUCUGAUAAUGCCAAGUUCAGAAGAAUCAAGUGAGUCACGUGAAUCCACUAUUGGUACAUUUUCAAGUGAAGAAAGCAGCGACUCGGUUCCAUCCACGUUCUCAACAAAAUAUGUGUCUCCAUCCAGAAUGAGUUCCAGAAUGAGUUCCAGAAUGAGUUCCACACGUUAUACAAAUUCGACUGAGGCACUGGUCUCGGAUGGUGCUCUGUCAUCCAUUGCUGGAGAUGAAACUAGUGAAUCAAGGGUGCUGGUUACUGCUGUGAGUGAUAUUUCUGAUUUCUACACUACGUCAGAAGAGGUUUCUACUAGUGGCAGCGAAUCUAGUAUGAGUGCUACUGUAUCGUCAACUAAAGAGAGAUCCAGUAUUCUGAUAAUGCCAAGUUCAGAAGAAUCAAGUGAGUCACGUGAAUCCACUAUUGGUACAUUUUCAAGUGAAGAAAGCAGCGACUCGGUUUCAUCCACGUUCUCAACAAAAUAUGUGUCUCCAUCCAGAAUGAGUUCCAAAAUGAGUUCCACACGUUAUACAAAUUCGACUGAGGCACUGGUCUCGGAUGGUGCUCUGUCAUCCAUUGCUGGAGAUGAAACUAGUGAAUCAAGGGUGCUGGUUACUGCUGUGAGUGAUAUUUCUGAUUUCUACACUACGUCAGAAGAGGUUUCUACUAGUGGCAGCGAAUCUAGUAUGAGUGCUACUGUAUCGUCAACUAAAGAGAGAUCCAGUAUUCUGAUAAUGCCAAGUUCAGAAGAAUCAAGUGAGUCACGUGAAUCCACUAUUGGUACAUUUUCAAGUGAAGAAAGCAGCGACUCGGUUCCAUCCACGUUCUCAACAAAAUAUGUGUCUCCAUCCAGAAUGAGUUCCAGAAUGAGUUCCAGAAUGAGUUCCACACGUUAUACAAAUUCGACUGAGGCACUGGUCUCGGAUGGUGCUCUGUCAUCCAUUGCUGGAGAUGAAACUAGUGAAUCAAGGGUGCUGGUUACUGCUGUGAGUGAUAUUUCUGAUUUCUACACUACGUCAGAAGAGGUUUCUACUAGUGGCAGCGAAUCUAGUAUGAGUGCUACUGUAUCGUCAACUAAAGAGAGAUCCAGUAUUCUGAUAAUGCCAAGUUCAGAAGAAUCAAGUGAGUCACGUGAAUCCACUAUUGGUACAUUUUCAAGUGAAGAAAGCAGCGACUCGGUUCCAUCCACGUUCUCAACAAAAUAUGUGUCUCCAUCCAGAAUGAGUUCCAGAAUGAGUUCCAGAAUGAGUUCCAGACGUUAUACAAAUUCGACUGAGGCACUGGUCUCGGAUGGUGCUCUGUCAUCCAUUGCUGGAGAUGAAACUAGUGAAUCAAGGGUGCUGGUUACUGCUGUGAGUGAUAUUUCUGAUUUCUACACUACGUCAGAAGAGGUUUCUACUAGUGGCAGCGAAUCUAGUAUGAGUGCUACUGUAUCGUCAACUAAAGAGAGAUCCAGUAUUCUGAUAAUGCCAAGUUCAGAAGAAUCAAGUGAGUCACGUGAAUCCACUAUUGGUACAUUUUCAAGUGAAGAAAGCAGCGACUCGGUUCCAUCCACGUUCUCAACAAAAUAUGUGUCUCCAUCCAGAAUGAGUUCCAGAAUGAGUUCCAGAAUGAGUUCCAGAAUGAGUUCCACACGUUAUACAAAUUCGACUGAGGCACUGGUCUCGGAUGGUGCUCUGUCAUCCAUUGCUGGAGAUGAAACUAGUGAAUCAAGGGUGCUGGUUACUGCUGUGAGUGAUAUUUCUGAUUUCUACACUACGGCAGAAGAGGUUUCUACUAGUGACAGUGAAUCUAGUAUGAGUGCUACUGUAUCGUCAACUAAAGAGAGAUCCAGUAUUCUGAUAAUGCCAAGUUCAGAAGAAUCAAGUGAGUCACGUGAAUCCACUAUUGGUACAUUUUCAAGUGAAGAAAGCAGCGACUCGGUUCCAUCCACGUUCUCAACAAAAUAUGUGUCUCCAUCCAGAAUGAGUUCCAGAAUGAGUUCCAGAAUGAGUUCCAGAAUGAGUUCCAGAAUGAGUUCCACACGUUAUACAAAUUCGACUGAGGCACUGGUCUCGGAUGGUGCUCUGUCAUCCAUUGCUGGAGAUGAAACUAGUGAAUCAAGGGUGCUGGUUACUGCUGUGAGUGAUAUUUCUGAUUUCUACACUACGGCAGAAGAGGUUUCUACUAGUGACAGUGAAUCUAGUAUGAGUGCUACUGUAUCGUCAACUAAAGAGAGAUCCAGUAUUCUGAUAAUGCCAAGUUCAGAAGAAUCAAGUGAGUCACGUGAAUCCACUAUUGGUACAUUUUCAAGUGAAGAAAGCAGCGACUCGGUUCCAUCCACGUUCUCAACAAAAUAUGUGUCUCCAUCCAGAAUGAGUUCCAGAAUGAGUUCCAGAAUGAGUUCCAGAAUGAGUUCCACACGUUAUACGAAUUCGACUGAGGCACUGGUCUCGGAUGGUGCUCUGUCAUCCAUUGCUGGAGAUGAAACUAGUGAAUCAAGGGUGCUGGUUACUGCUGUGAGUGAUAUUUCUGAUUUCUACACUACGUCAGAAGAGGUUUCUACUAGUGGCAGCGAAUCUAGUAUGAGUGCUACUGUAUCGUCAACUAAAGAGAGAUCCAGUAUUCUGAUAAUGCCAAGUUCAGAAGAAUCAAGUGAGUCACGUGAAUCCACUAUUGGUACAUUUUCAAGUGAAGAAAGCAGCGACUCGGUUUCAUCCACGUUCUCAACAAGAUUUGUGUCAUUUUCGGUUAUUGAUGAGGCAGUUACAACUAUUUCGCAAUUGCCUGAGGAAUCUUCUGUUUUGGUUUCCAGUGUGGCUGGGUCGUUGAUGGAGGUUAGCAAAAGUGAUGGCUCUUUGUCAUUAUUUAUUUCAACAUCGGUUGAUUCUGCCUUACUGUAUUGGGCUCCUAGCUUGAGCAGUGCUGGUUAUGAGAGUACCUCCACGUAUGAAGUUAAUGAAUUGUCUUUUAAAAAUAGUGACAUUGACACGGUGUCAAGGAUAUUGAUUUCAGGUGAUAUUUUGACGGAAGAUACAGAAUCAUCUUCGGUUGCAGGUAGAAAGGAGAUAGAAUUAACUCUGCCGGCUACUGUUGAUGAAGUCACCUUUUUAAGUCAGAGGUCUUCUUCACUCAUGACUAAUGAACAUGGCCAACUGUUGAAGAGCACAGGCGCUGCAGUAGGUAGUAGCUCAUUUCCAGUAUCUGUAUAUCCUUCGCAUGUUACUGGGUUACUGAGUUUUGAUGCUGCAUCGAGUGAAGAAUCAAAUGGAGGUCUUUCCUUAAUUGCAUCUACAGAUUACAGUAUUUCCAUACUGAAAGAAUCUUUGGGUGAUUCAUAUACGUCAAUGUCCUCGUCAUCCGAAUCUGAGGUGAAACUAUUUACAACAUCCAGAGAACUAGUAUCUUCAGAAUCUGUAAUAGCAUUUUCGGAUGUGAUGGAGGCAAACGAUAUGCCAACAUCCGGAAGCGACUUGCCCUCGAAGCCGUCUUCAGUAUCUGUACUAGCUGAUGCAAUUAGUAUUAGUAUAGAGAAAAACAAAAACACUAAUGAGAAUCAGUCAUUAAUGAAGAGUUCUGGUCAAAGUACUAAUUUGCAAGAUGCAGGCCCGGGAAUGACUGUUACUAAUACUGAAUUUGACCAAAAUAAAACUGGUGCAACAAUUGAAAGUAAUAUUCUUGUUACUAGUUUUCCUUCUGUCACGACUGCAAACAACCAAAAUGACCAAGUUGUGCCAGCUAAGAUUUCGGAAUCGCCGAUAGGAGGAUUUGUCUCAGAUGUACACAAGUCAGAUUAUUCGAAAUCUCUUGGAGCUGAGUCUGCUCGAACCAAUUCAAAAAUUACUUCAGGAAGUACAUCAAGUGGUAGAUACAAGUAUCCAGGUUUUGGAAUAAACACACUUAAUUUGGAGUCAACUAAUACAGUUGUCACCGACCCUACUGAUACUAAACUUACCACUGUGCAACAAGGCGAGUAUUUAAAGCAAGGUUCAACGACAAUAAAUGAACAACGUGAAACUUCUACCAAUACUCCACCAAGUUUGUCUAUGUCUGAUAAUUUGGGAUCAACUUCCAAGUAUUCUAUUUGGAUGAUUGCAUUUUACAUAAUAUUCGGAUUGUUUUAA